CAAUAAAGAAAAAAAAUAAUCCAGGGUCCUUUCAUAUAUAAGCUCCGGUAGCGCCUAUUUUUCUCUCAUAUCACAUCUGAUUACUCUUCGUCAGCAAGCAUUCUCACUCAGGUGGUAUACGAUCUAUUGCCUAAGAUCUGAUUCAGCAAAAUCUACUAAGCAGCGAAGAUGGUUGUUCUAGCAGCUUCGAUAAUUUCUAAAUCUGGCAAAGCACUUGUCUCGAGGCAGUUUGUUGAUAUGUCUCGUAUAAGAAUUGAAGGGUAUCUUGCAGCUUUCCCCAAAUUGGUUGGUACAGGAAAGCAGCAUACAUAUAUUGAGACUGACAAUGUGCGAUAUGUUUAUCAACCGAUAGAGUCUCUGUACUUGCUACUUGUGACCAAUAAACAGAGCAACAUUCUUGAAGAUCUGGAGACACUGAGGCUGCUGUCUAAACUAGUGCCUGAAUAUUCUUAUUCACUGGAUGAGGAAGGAAUUGGCAGUACAGCGUUUGAGCUUAUUUUUGCAUUUGAUGAAGUGAUCUCUCUUGGACACAAGGAAAAUGUCACAGUUACACAAGUCAAGCAGUAUUGUGAAAUGGAGAGCCAUGAGGAAAGAUUGCACAAGUUAGUCUUACAGAACAAGAUAAAUGAAACUAAGGAUGUCAUGAAGCGUAAAGCCAGUGAGAUUGACAAAAGCAAGAUUGAGAAGAAUAGAGGUGAAAAAGGAGGUUUCAUGUCUCUGCAAUCCAUGGGUUCUGGGAGAAUCGAUACUGGCUUUGGCAGUGACUCAGGCAUAUCUAGCGGAGGAACUGGUGGUUUUGGUAGUGGUUCUGGAUUUGGUCUAAGCCCUGACGUAGACACAUUUUCCACCAAAUCCAAGGGUCGUCCAGCUGCAUCUGCUACUGCUCCACCAAAAGGUCUUGGUAUGCAGCUAGGUAAAAAUCAGAAGACCAACCAAUUUCUGGAAUCCCUGAAAGCAGAGGGUGAAGUAAUUGUCGAGGAUGUGAGACCAAGCAUUGGUCAGGCCAAACCAGCUGCUGCUCCACUAACUGAUCCCGUCACAUUGACUGUUGAAGAAAAGAUUAAUGUAACACUAAAGCGUGACGGUGGUGUCAGCAACUUCGAUGUCCAGGGUACUUUGUCUCUCCAAAUUCUGAAUCAAGAAGAUGCAUUUAUCCAAGUGCAG